AUCAUUAACUUUCUCUCUCUUGGUCAAAACUCAUACCUAUUUUCUCUCUCCUUCAGCACCUACAAAACCAAAGGCCUUGCCCAAACAAACUCAUAACAACACGUACCUUCUAAAUUCACUGCACCCCACUUCACCAAUUCAGCUAUUUUCUCUGAAAAAUCCUUGCUUUCUUUUGGAUUCUGAGCUUCCCAUUUUCUUCUUUAAUAUGGAUUCUCAACUUCCAUACCAGAAAGACAGGUCUCUUGCUUCAGCUGAUCAUAAGAAUAUCAAAGGAGUUCUUACUCAUGGUGGACGCUAUGUUCACUACAAUAUCUAUGGAAACCUCUUUCAAGUCUCGAGCAAGUAUGUCCCUCCUAUCCAUCCCGUUGGAAGAGGAGCUUCUGGUAUAGUCUGUUCUGCUGUAAAUGUGGAGACAUGCGAAAAAGUUGCUAUUAAGAAGGUUGGCAAUGCAUUUGACAACAGAAUCAAUGCCAAAAGGAUCUUACGAGAAAUUAAACUUCUCCAGCACAUGGAUCAUGAAAAUGUGAUAGUCCUUAAAGACAUUAUACGACCACCACAGAAAGAAAAUUUCAAUGAUGUGUACAUUGUUUAUGAGUUAAUGGAUACCGACCUGCAUCAAAUAAUCCGCUCCAAUCAACGAUUGACUGAUGAUCAUUGUUGGUAUUUUCUGUAUCAGUUGUUACGGGGACUGAAAUACAUACACUCAGCAAAUAUUCUGCACCGUGAUCUAAAGCCUAGCAGCUUGCUACUGAAUUCCGAUUGUGAUCUUAAGAUCGGAGACUUUGGUCUAGCUAGAACUACUUGUGAAACCGAUUUCAUGACCGAGUAUGUGGUUACUCGAUGGUACCGAGCUCCAGAGUUGCUUCUUAAUUGCUCCAAAUAUACUGCAGCCAUUGAUAUAUGGUCAGUUGGUUGCAUCCUUGGUGAAAUCGUGACAAGACAGCCCCUAUUUCCUGGGAAAGAUUACGUUCAUCAGCUCAGAUUGAUCACAGAGCUCAUAGGUUCGCCCGAUGACACCAGCCUUGGAUUUCUACGAAGUGAUAAUGCUCGUAGAUAUGUAAAACAGCUUCCUCAAUAUCCAAGACAACAAUUUGCAGCUAGGUUUCGCAACAUGUCUCCCGGUGCAGUUGAUUUAUUAGAGAGAAUGCUUGUUUUUGAUCCGAACAGGCGCAUUACAGUUGAUGAGGCUCUGAGCCACCAAUACUUGGCACCUCUCCAUGAUAUUGUUGUGGAACCUGUUUGCUCUAGACCUUUCAAUUUCGAUUUUGAGAAACCGUCUUUCACCGAACAAGAGAUUAAGGAACUCGUCUGGAAAGAAUCUGUGAAGUUCAAUCCCGAUCCACCUAUUUAUUGAGAUUUUGCAUUUACCAUUGUAUGUUUAUAGUUAAAUACUUCACAGCUUAUUUCAAACUUUUUUUGACAAAUUAUAUUGAUAUUGAUUGAGACUUGAAAAAAUCUGUAUAGGAUAAUCACAUCAAGAGUUGAAUAUAGCUGAUCAAUAUUUAGCAUUGAA